AUGAUUACUUACGCGCUGGCGGAGCUGGGAGGCGCCUCCGACCGCUCCGCCAUCGCCGGAUUCAUCGCCGCGCGCUUCACCGGCCUCCCCGUCAGCCACGACGCGCUCCUCUCCGCCCACCUCCGCCGCCUCGUCACCCAGGGCGUCCUCUGCACCUCCGGAUUAUUCUCCUACUUCUUCUCCUCCGACCACCACCACCACUCGCCCACCACUAGGAGGCCACACAGUCCCGAUCUCGAUUCCGAUGAUCAGUCUGGGUUCCACUUCCAGAGUAGCAGUGAGGAGGAGGAGGACGACGAAGAUGAUGCUGCCUACACUCCUCUGCCUGUGCCUGUUCCUGUUCAUGUUCUGGGAGAGAAGCGAGGCCGGGGGCGCCCGCGGAAGAAGGUUGUGGUUAUGCUGUCUGCUCACACCACCACUGCUGCAGCAACGCCUGAACCCUGUCUUGCAAAGGGAGAGCAAACACAGCAUUCUGCUGCUGCUAGGUCUGUGCUCUCUCUAUCUGGGGAUGCAGCUUACUCGGUGACUAAGCGAGGCCGUGGGAGACCAAGGAAGCUACAGCCGUCCCCCUCCCUGGGAGGCGGCGAUACGUCAACUGGUGGCAUCAUCAAGAUCAAGAGAGGGCGUGGGAGGCCGAGAAAGGAGGAUCAACAAUCACAGGAAGCAGCAACAAAGCCUCUUCCAACUACAACCGCGUCGUCAACUGUUGGCAUCAUCAAGAUCAACAAGAGAGGGCGUGGGAGGCCGAGAAAGGAGGAGAAACAAUCACAGGAAGCAACAAAUCCUCUUCCCACUCCAACCGCGUCGUCAACCGGUGGCAUCAUCAAGAUCAAGAGAGGGCGUGGGAGGCCGAGAAAGGAGGACCAACAAUCACAGGAAGCAACAAUGCCUCCUCCAACUCCACCAGCGUCAAGGCGGGGGAUUAAGGUAGGGUGUGGAAGACCAAUGCUAGCUCCUACAGGGUCUCCUGGGAGUGGGACUGGGAGGCCACUAAUGAUAGACAAGCACCCACCAGAAACUGCAAGGUGCUCUGUUGAUGCUACGUCGUCAGUAAUCAAGAGACCGCGCGGGAGGCCAAGAAUGUACAGACUAUCAGCAGAAGAAACUGGAGAUGCAACACCUGCUCCUCCUCAAACUGGAUAUUCGAUGGGAGUCAAGAGAGCUCAUGGUUGGCCAAUUAAGGAGAACCCAGCAGCAGCAGCAGCAAUGUCUGGUGAAACUGGAGAUGUUGCAUCGGCCGGAAUCAAGAUAGGGGGCGUGCAACCGGAAGUGGAGAAGCCAACAGCAGCAAUGUCUACUCAAGCCGGGGAUGUUGGGUCAACGGGAAUCAAGAGAGGGGGUGAGCAACUAGAAGUGGAAAUGCCAGCAGCAGCAAUGUCUGCUCAAGCUGGAGAUGCAACACCUGCUGAAUUAACUGGAGCUGCAAGGCUCAUGGAAGCUGGAGAUGCAAGGCCUGCUGAAUUAACUGGAGCUGCAAGGUUCAUGGAAGCUGGAGAUGCAACGCCUGCUGAAUUAACUGGAGCUGCAAGGUUCAUGGAAGCUGGAGAUGCAAGGCCUGCUGAAUUAACUGGAGCUGCAAGGUUCACGGAAGCUGGAGAUGCAAGGCCUGCUGAAUUAACUGGAGGUGCUGCGUCGACGGGGAUCAAGAGAGGGCGUGGGAGGCCAAGAAAGGACAAGACAGCAGCAGCAAUGCCUGCUGACGCUGCGUCGACGGGGAUCAAGAGAGGGCGUGGGAGGCCAAGAAAGGACAAGACAGCAGCAGCAGCAAUGCCUGCUGACGCUGGGUCUGCGGGGAUCAAGAGAGGGCGUGGGAGGCCAAGAAAAGAGAAGAAGCCAGCAGCAGCAAUGUUGGCUGAAACUGAAGCUGGAGAUACUGUGUCAACUGGGAUGAAGGGGGCGCUUGAGAAUCCAAUAUCAGGUAAUGUCGUGUCAACUGGAACCAAUGGAGCACUUCUUAGAACGGAGAAUCCAGCGGCAGGUGAUUUUGUGUCCAUGGUAAUGAAGAGAGGGCCUUGCUUUGAUUGA